CAUUGUCAAUUAUAAGACAAAAACUCCCACGGUUUAUAAAGGUUCGACCGUAUGCGUACGCACGCAGAGCGCAUUCAGACUCAUCCGCAAUAGUGCCGAGUGGUGGACACCAAUUCCAAUAUGUCGAGCGUUAAGUAUAUUAUAAUGAUGCUGGUCGUAUCAACUACAAAGGCAACAUCGGAAAAUAAGGAAAAAUAUUUGAGGAAUAUAUCUCCUAUAGUGAAAGACCAAAAUGAAUUAAACGAUGAUUUGAAAACCGAAGGCAGUUCAUAUUCUCAUCAGUAUUCAGACUGGGGUGGAAGCAAUCCUGGUGGCUACGGAUUUUCAGUAACAGGUUUCGGAACAAUAGAUGACAAAUUAAAUAACAAUCCCGCCUCUAAAAGAUUCGACGGUUAUGACAACUCGCUCAAAAAUUAUGGCUAUGCCGGUCAUAACAACUUGGGUUAUAAUGAAGUAUCUGGUAUAGGUGGUUAUGAAGGUUACGGUACUUAUAAAGAGUUUGGAGGAAACAUCCCAAGCGUAUAUAACUCCAACAAGUUCGGACCCGGCGUAUAUAACCCCAGUGGAUAUGUUCCAAACGAAUUUGGUCCAAGUGGUUACGCUUCACCAGGAUAUGGCCCUAGUGGAUAUGAAGGUAGCGCGUACACAGGUAAUGGAGGAUACGGUGGUUACGGUGGCAACGGUGGCUUAGCCUCUUACAGCGGUUAUAACAAUCCUUAUUACCAAGGCGGUGGUCACCUUGGAUACGGAUAUUAUAACAAAAAAGGCGGUUUCGGUAAUAUCUACAGCAGUGGUGUAACUCCUAGCUUAGUAACCGGCUAUAGAGGUUACACGCGGAGAUAAUAUGACAGAGAUAAGGAUUGACAUAAAAAUGCAACUGGUUUCGACUUAUUGUUAAGAUUAGGCUUCAUAAAUGUAUUAAGAAUUAUUAAACAUUCAUUAAUAAAAUGUAUUGAGACAAAAUGUAAAUGUAGCCAGUGGGUCAUUCAGGACAAAACUAUAUUUAAAAAAAACUGUUUAAGUGUCGUUUUGGUUUAAAAUAUGAAUUGGGCUUAAGGAGAAAUAUGUAAUGCUAUUAUCUGUUCCACAUAAGAGGAAUACAAAGUAUAUUAUAAAAACCAAAGAACCAUUAUUGUGAUAAACUAAUCCAAACUAUUAAUUUUAUUAUUGUAUUGAUAAGAUAAAAAAUGGAUAUGUGUGAAUCUAUUAAAUAAAAUGUUAAUGCUAUAAUUA